AUGCGACCCAGGGGUCUCCCCUUCCCGCUUCGUUUCGGACCCGCGGCGCUGCAGCUGCAGCCUGCGGCUGAGCAAAGCCGGUGCCCCUUAACAGUUGCAGAGGCCGCGGCGUGCAGAUCCCGCUCGAACUCUCUCCCUUUGCAGGCCACAGCAACAGACCAGGUGGUUGGAUUCGGCUUGGUUGCCUUCAGCCUCGUUCUCUUUGUAUACUACACCCUCUGGAUCAUCAUACUGCCCUUCAUCGACAGCGACCAUGGGAUCCACCGGUACUUCUUGCCUAGGGAGUACGCCGUUAUCAUCCCCGUGGUGGCUGGGCUGCUGCUGCUGCUAUUUAUAGGCGUGUUCAUAAUGGUUGUGAUGUGGAAGAGCAGGAAACCUGCCAAGAAGUCGGACUGAAGGCCCAGCUGAGAGAAAUGAGGAGAAGGUG